GUUAAAGUUUGUCCGUGUCAUUCGUUGGAGUGACACGAUGGAGUGGCUGCUUUUUAUGACAGUUUUCACGACUGUAUCAAAAGCUGCAUUUAGUUUCAACGUUGACCCUGUGGCUUGGAAGUCCUUGAGCAACCCUGCAGAAGGUUUUGGAUACCAGAUUGUGCAAAGACAAUUGGAGUUGCUGGUCAGUGCGCCCCUCGCUCAGUACUCACAGAACAGCAGGGGCCAAAUAUUCAAAUGCUCCACCAGUUCCUGUAGCGAGCUGGCAAUUUCAGCGCCAAAUUUUGCGGUCAACAUGUCUCUGGGUUUGACCAUGACGAUUGAUGCCCCCAGCCAAAAAACGAUGGUUUGUGGUCCGACCAUCCCGAAAGACUGCGGAAGCCUCACCAUGUACAACGGUGUGUGCUUGGAAAUAGACCGGCGGAAUCGAGUUGGAUCUCCUGUGCCUUCUUCUCUUACAGAGUGUCAAAGCCAAGCAGACAUCGCAUUUCUGCUAGACGGCUCGGGCAGCGUAAAUGCAGUAGAUUUUGGUAAAAUGAAGACUUUUGUCAAAGAUCUCAUUAGCACCUUUGUGGGCAAAGACUCCAGGUUUGCCAUUGCCCAAUACUCCACAGAUCCAUCCAUCCAUUACUUUUUCGAUAACUUCAAUGUCAAUAACUGGCAAAAGGACAUUGAUAAAAUAAACCAGAAACAGGGACAGACAUACACAGCAAAAGCCAUCCACAGCGUUGUGGAUUACAUCUUCACGCAAAGCCGAGGCUCAAGAGCUAACGUGAAGAAGAUUUUAAUAGUGAUCACCGACGGAGAAUCCAACGACAGCAAACAAUUGUCAUCUGCAGCCGCCGCAGCCCAAACAAAAAAUAUAGUUCGAUUUUCUAUUGGGGUUGGGAAUGCAUUCAAUAAUGACGCAGCGACAACAGAGUUACAAAAAAUCGCAUCUUCUCCCUCAGGAAAGUUUGUGUUUAAAGUGGGGAGCUUCGCCGCGCUUAAAGAAAUCAAGCGCACACUGGAGGAAACCAUUUUCGCUAUUGAAGGAUCUCAGUCAAGUGGAGAGACGCUGAAAAUGGAGAUGGCUCAGCAGGGAUUCAGUGCAGCUUAUGUGCCUGGAGGCAAACAGUUAUCGGCUGUUGGGGCAAACCAAUGGAGAGGAGGCUUUCUGACGUACACAAGCAGGAGUACAAGUUCCAAUUUGCCUACGGACAUUGAACCUGACAGCUAUUUGGGUUAUUCCAUGGCGAUUGCCAAAACGCCGUAUGCAACAUUGACGGUUGUUGGCGCUCCGAGGUAUCAGCACAGAGGAGUUGUGAUGGUGAUUUCCCAAAAUCGUAUUGACCCAAUAGAUCCCUUUCAAUGGCAGUAUCAGAUCGGUGAAUAUUUUGGGGCGGUGGUGUGUGCCAUGGAUGUGAAUCGGGAUGCCAACACAGAUGUCAUCCUCAUCUCUUCCCCCAUGUUUGUGGAAAAUGAUAGAGAGGGGAGGGUUUAUGUUUGCAUCAUAAACACUUUGAAAGUUCAGUGCAGUUUCGACUCUCCGGUCGUACUGAGAGGAGUCAGAUCUCGCAAAGGACGAUUCGGAGCGUCCCUUGCCGUUCUUCCCGACCUAAACACUGAUGGACUAAAUGAUUUGGCAGUCGGGGCGCCACUGGAAGACGAUGGUCAAGGAAGCAUUUAUAUAUUUCACGGCGAAAGAACCGGAAAGAUUUCUCCUACUUUCUCACAGAGAAUCGCAGGAUCCAAAGCCAUGGCAGGACUCAAGUUUUUCGGCAUGUCCAUCAGCCAGUCGUCUUCAGACCUCAGCGAAGACAACUUGCCUGACCUGGCGGUGGGUUCCAAAGGAACAGUCGUCUUACUCAGAACCAAACCCAUAGUCAAGGUUGAAGCAAAGUUGACCUACAUGCCCAAACAAAUCGUCAUUGAAAACCUUGACUGCGCUAACCCCCUGGAGAACACAGCAGACAUCUGCUUUGUGAUAAGCCGACUCUCGUCCAUCCGAACAGCGAGAGCGAGGGUUAAUUAUACCCUUACGCUGGACGCCACCCGCAAGGUGCCCAACAACCGAGCAUCUAUCAACAACAACAAUGGGUAUCGGGAAACCACUGGGAGUGUUAUUCUUGAUCUUGGUCUAGCACAGCCAAUAUGCGUCAAGACCAAAUUCUUCAUUGAGUCCUGCCCUGAAGAUGCUUUGAAUCCCCUUUACAACGAGCUCAGAUUUACAUUUGAAGGUUUGCCUGAUGCCAACACGCUGCUGAGGCCAAGUCUGGCACAGCAGGCCCAGAUGACCACCCUCCAUCCGUUGGCCUUUGAGAUCGACUGCGGCACAGACAACAAAUGCGUAGACAACCUCCAGUUGGAUUUCAACUUUACCAGCUCCUCAGAGGUCAAAGUGGGCAUAGACGAGCUCCUAAAUGUCACCGUAUCCGUGGUAAACCUGGCGGAAAACUCCUACAACACCCUGGUUGUUCUCACGUACCCAGUUGGGGUCUCCUACAGGAAGUUCACAAGCCUGCAGGGACACAUUGAGUGCAACUCCUUGGACAGUGAAGCUGGCUUAUCUCGGGGAAAGACAGACUGCACCAUUAACAAGCCCAUUUUUGGGAGGAACUCAACGGCUGUCUUUGUUGUCUCGUAUGGCAUCGAAACCAACAGCCAGCUGGACAACAGUAUUUUCAUCACCGCAAAUGCAACGAGUGGGAAUGAGCAGCACUCUCCUUUAAGCCGACUCUACAAAAUUCAAGAAAUCAGCGUGAAAUACAGCAUUUUUAUAACCAUGGAAAGUUCUCUCAGCUACGUCAAUUUCACCUACGGAAAGAAUGAGCUGCAGAAAUCAGUGCAACAAUCCUUUCAAGUUACAAACAACAUCCGAGCCCUGAACUUCACCGUGGUGAUCAGGGUCCCUGUCAAACUCGCCGAUAAGGAUCUCUGGGCAGAUUUGAACACUUUGCAGAUUACAGACUGCCAAACGCACAACGAUGAAGGAGCGAACAUUGUGGAUUUUGUCGGUCAGAUACAGAAAAAUAAGAUAAUUGACUGCUCAGUGGCCACAUGCAGGGUGUUUAAGUGCAACAGCUUCAUGGGAAGGCUCGAAGGCAAACGGUACACACUUUCUGCCAACAUGAGUUCACAGUGGAUCCAACAGAUUGGAUUGAGUGAAGCCAAGUACAUGUUGACCAGCACGGCUAGUCUGGAGUACGACAGGAACCAGUACAUCUUCUAUUCCACGUCGUCUAGUAGCAACCCCCCGGUUCGCAAGAUUGAAACAGUGGUAGAAGUUUAUCCUCUACCGGACUUUACCAAAGAGAUAGUCGGAGGUUCCCUCGGAGGCUUGGCUUUACUAGCUUUACUCACAGCUAUCCUUUACAAGGCUGGGUUUUUUAAGAGUAAAUACCAGCAGAUGAUGACUGAAGCUGACGGGGCAGAAACAGACGGGCUUGAGGAAAGCACGCCCACACAGGAGUAACAAUUUCACUUUCAAUAUAGUGGCCAUUCAUUACUCUUAUUGGUAAUUAUUGGCAAUUAGAUGUAUUGUUAAAUAUAUUUGUAAAAUACAACAUAUAAUUAUGACAAUAUGUAAAGACAAUAUCGUUUUAUUAAAUCACCAAUUCUAUUGUACAAUAAUUAUUAUUACCGUAAUUUCCGGACUAGAAGCCGCUACUUUUUCCCCUCGUUCUGGUCCCUGCGGCUUAUACAAGGGUGCGGCUUAUUUACGGCCUGUUCUUCUCCGACACCGACGAAGAGGAUUUCGGUGGUUUUAGUACGCAGGAGGAAGACGAUGACACAAUGAUUAAAGACUGACUUUUCAUGUAC